AUGCUUGCCGUGCAGUUGGUGGGCGGCGGAGAGCGGCUGCAAGCGACGCUGCACGACGGCGCUUGGCACGACGUCCACGUGCUCAUGGACCGCAAGGGCGUGGGCGUGAUGCUGGACCUGUGUGGGCGGAGCUGGGAUGGGCCAAACAUGGCCCACGAGUGCCUGGCGCGGGCGGCCUGGACCCACCGCGAGGAGGGGGCGAGAGAGUGGGCGCCGUCGGGGCCGCUUCAGGUGGGCGGCUUGGCGCACCCGCCGCCCGCGCCGCAGGACCACGGCUGGCUCUACCGGCCAAAGCCGACCCGCUUGAAGGCUGCGUCUCGCAUGUCACCGUCAACGGUCAGAGACACCCCAGCUAAGACACAGCUCCGGAGUGACGGUCCCCCAGUGCUGUUGCAGGUGCAAGACCUAGGGCAGCCGCCCAACGCCCAUGCCACCGCGGGCGGGUGCAGACAACAGGAAAGGGCUUGUGCGGACGGGUGCGGCCUCCGUGGGCUGUGCGUGGGCGGGCUGAAGGAGGCAAGGUGCGAGUGCGAGGCCGGGUGGGCGGGGCCUCGAUGCGCGGCGCCCACGGUCCCUUCCGCCCUCGGUUCCUCGUCGUACAUGAAGGUGGCGCUCUCCUUCGCGCCCACGCCCACGGAUCUCUCCGUCCAGCUGCGGGUGAGGACCCGGGGCGCGCGGGACGGGCUGCUGGUGCGCCUGGCCGCCCACCGCCCGCCAGCCGCCCUCACGCUGCAGCUGCGCUCGGGCGUCGCCUGCGCCUCCGUCUCGGGCGCGGGGUGGGCGGCGCAGGAGGCGUGCGUGGAGGGCCGCCCUCUCGGGGACGGCGAGUGGCACACCCUCGCGGCCGAGCGUCGGGGACACAACCUCCUCCUGCGCGUCGACGGCGGUGACGGCAGGAGCUUCACGAACCACUCGCUGGAUUCCUUCGCCCUGCUGUCCUGGGACGCCCGCGGAGGAAGGGGGGACGAGCAAAGGGGGAAAGGGGGCGGUCGGCGCCCCAAGAACCUCACGUAUCCCGCGCUGCCGCCAUUCCUGCAUGUGGAUAAGCACGACGGGGUGACCGUCGGCGGCUGGCCGGAGUUCGAAGCAGGAAGACACGUGCGCGUGCACCAUGACCUCAAUGAAAGCUGCAUCGACGAUCUGCGGCUAUCAGGGCGGCCGCUGCCUCUGCCGCCCGCGGUCAACGGCAGCAGGUGGGGCCAGGUGACCACGUCCCGCCACUUGACUCUCGGCUGCGCUGGCGACUCGGGUGCCUGUCUCAACUACACCUGUGAGCCUCCACUGACCUGCACUGCUCCAUGGGGCCGGCAGCCUUCUUGCAGCUGUGGUCCAGGCCGGAUCCAGAUCGGACACGCGUGCGAGGACGUGGACGAGUGUGCAUGGCAACCCUGCCUCCACGGGGGUACCUGCUACAACCUGCAGUCUGGCCACAAAUGCGUGUGUGGCCCCAGCCACAUGGGGGACCACUGCCAGUGGCCACACUCAGCCCCAAACUCAGGACCCCUUGGCAGCCCCGGGCACCAUCACAGCUUUCUCCGUCGCUAUUUUGCUAAUGGUUCUGCUGCUUACAGUGCUCUCCCGACACCUGGCGCGGCACUUCUGCAGAGGAGGCCCCAGGGGGGGGAAGAGCAUGGAGGGGCUGGCCACGGGGCGGGAGAACGCAAGGCAGCGACGCGCGCCAGAAAGGACGGUCCUCGGGGAUCCUUUUCGAAGGACGUGGGUUGCAGGAGCACCGGUGCAGACCACGCUGUCCGGCAGAGCAAAGACUUCGAGGCUGACCCUUCGUUUGUGGCAGUACCUCUCUGUGGCAGGCCCUGCACGGAUCAGUUGCAGGAAGGGAGCCAAGCGGUCGUCCCUGGCAUUCCAGAGCCCUUUUUACCUCCCGAUGACCUUCGAGCUUAUGCCUACGAGGGGGAGAGCUCUCCCCCUGGCUCCCUUUCCUCUACCGUCUCAGGAUUGCAAGAAGAAAUCAAUAAUAUCAAGCCCCAAAUGCCACAGCUCUUGGAAGUCAUGGAGCUCCUGAAAAAUCUCCCGGAUGGGUCAAGAUCUUCCUUCACAGCAAGCAGUCCUUACACGGGAGAGGAACAAAAAGAAGCAACGGUAACUCCCCCUAAGUUAUGUGAACAUGCAAUAAACAAUCAAUCAAAAGACAGUAUAAAGCGACCAAGGACCGCACAGGCUCAGCCACAGCCUAACCUUUUCAGACUUUUGAUUCAGUCUUCUACUUUGAUUUCACAUCAAUGGAAAAGCGUAAUAGGCAGCAAUUCGUGCGAUGAGGAAAGGGAUCAGACUGACACGCAAAGAAACUCUCAGCUGGCUACAAUUUCGUAGAAUUUUCCGCUACAGACGUGCUCUUUGGAAGUUCUCAGCUGGAUAUUAUUUCACAAAAUCCUCCUUUUCUCUUUUUUUUCUUUUUUCAGACAACUUUUUCUAAGAAUAAUGGGCACAAAUUGGGUAAUGGGUUGGAGAUACAAGUUUUUACUUUGAUAUCUACACUGAAAUCUCAUUGAAUGAAUACCAAAUCAGUCAUUGCCAGGGUUCAACUGACCUUUUCUG